UCUCCCUUAGUCCCCGCUUCCACCCCACUUCCUCGUUGACAUUAUUCACUUCUUUUCUCUCUCUUUCUCAAUUUUUUUUAUUCCGUUACUUUCUCUCUCUAAAGCCCUCCGGCGAUGCAAGGCCUACGACGCUGCUCCAACGACCUCCUCCUCCUCGACCUAUCUCCGCCUUCCUCCGUCCCCUCCACCGCCUCCCUUUCCAUCGACGUUGCCGAGUCCGCCGAGACACGAAUCCGUCGCCUCAUCUCCGAACAUCCAGUCAUCAUCUUUAGCCGCACUUCUUGUUGCAUGUGCCACGUCAUGAAGAAGCUUCUCGCCUCCAUCGGCGUUCACCCUACCGUCAUCGAAUUAGACGACCACGAGAUCGACGCUCUCGCCUCCUUCUCCUCCACCACACCCGCAGCCACUCCUGCCGUUUUCAUCGGUGGCUCCUAUGUCGGCGGCCUUGAAUCCCUCGUCGCACUCCACCUCAGCGGCCACCUCGUACCUAAGCUUGUCGAAGUCGGCGCUCUCUGGGUAUGACUUUGAAUCACCCACAUCCCUUGUAAUUUCAAUUCCAAUUUAUAUCAUUGUAAUUUAAAAAAAAAAAAAAAAAAAAAAAAAAAAAAUUUAAACAAAUAAUAAUGGAUCUAUGGUGUUGUUGUUGGUGGUGAAAUCAAUAAUUAAAAACCCCGAUGAUGCUGGAGAAAAGGAAAUUGGGAAGAAUAAUCCCGGUACGAUGGCGGCGAGUAGGCUAUUUUAGUAUACUCGCGAGAUAAGGCAUGACACGUGGUCGGAUGAGGAAGAUGAAAUGAAAGCAGUAGGACUGGUGGGUCCCACGUAAAUUAUUAAGUAAUCAGCACCGUUGAAUAUGUAGACUUUUGUAUUUAUACUUAUACACUACUCUUUUACUGUUUUGAAUAUAUAUUUUUUUUUUUAGCGUUAUGCAAGUUAAUCUAUAUAAUUAAGAGAAUCUAAGUAGGGUUUAGGGUUUAGAUUAAGAGAAAAAUGAGUAAUUAAUGGUAUAAUUAUUUAA